AUGUUGGUGGUUGCAAUUUUAUUGGGUUGGAGGAAGAUGAGGAUCAAGAAAAGGAAGAGAGAAGAAAAGGAAGGUGUGUUUCCGGUGACAAGGCUUGAAAGACUUGGUGGUGGCUUCUUUAUUGAUGAUUACAUGCCUAGUGGUCCUUUGAGUGUGUAUUUAAAGAAGGAUGGUCAGAGUUUGAGUUGGGAUGUUAGAUUUCGGAUUGAUUUGGGAUUUAAAUCCAAGCCAGUCCAAUCCAUCCAUGAGUUGCCAAACACCCUCGAAGAGGAUACAGGCUCUGUAGAUGUACCUCGGCGCCUCUCCUCCUCCUCAACUCUCUCCUUCUCUUUCUCUCUGUGGAAAGCGCUCGCAUCUCUCUUUACAGAUUAUAUGAUGCAAUCCGACGAAGGUGCCACCUCCAUGGAACUUGAAAAAGUUCCAUCUGAAUCAAAUCGUGUAUCUUUUGCUUCAAAACCAAACUUUGCACCCUUGAAGGCUCACGAGAUGUCCAACGGUCAAGUUCAAUUCUAG